AAUAGAGUAAGGGUUUGGAUCUUAGUAAAACAACCAAAGAACUUUAGGUACAUGUUACAGGUUGUUCCUGGCUCCUGGCCCACCCAGGACCAGAGGUGCAGAAACUUUUUCAGGUUGUGAAAGGCUGAAGAGGUGGGACCAGCUCAUAGAGGCGGGCACAAAGAGUGAUGCUACAGAGGGGGAGGAGUGAGUGACAUCAUUCGGGUAAAGUCAGAAAGGGAGGGGAAGGAGAGAGGGAGGGAGAGAAAAAGGAAGCUGUCGGAUAAGUUUUUGUGUAUAGUUCUCCAAAGUUACACAAACUUUUCACCAACCAAAGGUAUGACUAGAGGCCUUGUGGAGAUCAAGAUGCUGAAAAGAGCAGUCUGAAGGGGAGGACGGACACCAGUUUGUCUGCAGUUGUGUGCAGCUGAUGACAGCAACAAAUAAUAACACUCUUUAAGGCCUUGGGCCUCAAGUGACUACACAGAGAUCCUGGACAAAGUGAAAAAAGAAAGACAUGUCCUCUGACUUGGACUCUAGUCUCACCAGUAUUGACUGGCUGCCUCAGCUGGGAUUCAGCAGCCUGCGCCCGGGGAAAGAGAGAGGAGGAGGAGGUGCGGAGAGGGACAAGAAGAAAGACAGAGGGAGGGAGAGAGGAGACUUCCUACCCUCUGUGCCAGACCCUUCUCAGUCUAACUCUAAAGGAAAACCCCCUCACAGCUAUGCCACUCUAAUCGCUAUGGCAAUAGCAGCUUCACCUGAGAGGAAGUUAAGCUUGAAUGACAUCUACACCUGGAUCAGUGACACUUUCCCUUACUACAGCCGAGCAGGCCGUGGCUGGAAGAACUCCAUUCGGCAUAAUCUGUCUCUAAAUAAGUGCUUCAGGAAAGUUCCUCGCCCACAGAGCGACCCUGGCAAGGGUUCCUAUUGGACAAUGGAUGCACCUGCAGAGGUGAAUCAAGUGAGGGCACCUAAACGUCCCUAUCCAGAGGAGGAAGAGGAGAGGAACGAGGUUCCACAAGUACCAGGGACCAAAGCAGACAGGGGUCCCUCCCCUCAUCAACUACAAACCGCCCCACACACAGACCACCAGCUUCUUAACGCAGAGCCCCUCGGAACUAUCCAGCAACAAUCUCCCCAGCCUACUUCCCUUUCUCCUCCCCCAUGCAAGCAGCCAUCACCCUACAUGCCAAGCUCCGUCUCCAGUCUCCCUGUCCCUCAUUCGUCCGUCUCUCCUUCAGCUGAGCUCCCAGCUGCUGCUCCAGUGGCCACCAUCAAUUCUUUUCCACCUGCCUAUUCACCUGGGCCCCAUUUUUCCAUCCACACUACUUCUGCUACACAUCUGUCUGCUGCCAGUAUAUCUACAGCUUCUCCAGCUGCUCCGUCGUUCUCUGAUGCUUCUGAUUCUUUUCCUGCUAAUUCAGGACUCGUAUCUGUUUCCACAUUCUCCUGCACCCCUAACACGACACCUGUGCCAGCUUGCAGCGCAUCAGGACCUGCUCAUUCUUCUGUAUGUGCUGUGCCUUCAUGUGUUGCUGCCCCUGCUGUUGGCUCAUUGAACAACACUGAUCCUCCACUGCGUUUCACCUUUGAUGAGCUGAACCUACCGGACUUGUAUGCAUCUUUUAAGUCUCUCGUCAAGACUAUGCGUGAGAGGGGAGGCUCGCAGUCGGAUGGUGCUGCCCCAAACCAUGACAUUACUCCACUUCACACUCCAACUCUGUUACCGCUGUCUCCUCACCCUGCGCCUGCACCACCUCCACCACCUCCACCAGCUGCACAUCCUCAUGAGACAGAACGCAUUUCACAGUACACUGUGCCACCUGACUGGUUCAGUAACCCAGAUUCUCUGAAGGAGAGCUUCCGCAUUGCCAGCCAUUUAGACUGGGCAAACAUAGACCUCUCUGGUCACCCAGACUUGCUGGAGAGCAUGCGGCAGGCAGAGCUCUGCGACUGGGCGCUGGACCCGAAAAAAACUCUGUGA